AUCGUUUUCCAUCACUAAUUUUUACACGUCGUUGAUUUGCGUCGACUUGUUAAAAAAUGGUAGUCCAAGAGGAUAAUCCCAAUAUUGGGGACGUUCAGGAAAAGACGGAGAGUGCUCCAGCAGCUAUAGAGCCAACCAAGAUCUUCACGGUGGAGAUUUUGCACAUGAUUAAGGAUGCCCAGCAGCAGCACGGUUUGCGACACGGUGAUUUCCAGAGGUACCGGGGCUACUGCACGCGCCGUAUCCGCCGGUUAAGGAAGGCACUAAAGUAUCCACAGGGCGACAAGCGUCAUUUCAAGCGACGCGAUGUGACCAUUGGCCAGUUGACAGGCAAGAAGGCCGACGAGCGCUUUAUCCACAUCCCACUGAUCAGUGCCGAACGCGCCUGGGCAUACGCCAUGCAGCUCAAGCAGGAGUCUAAUACGGAGCAGCGAAAGCGCUUCCACCUGAUCAACAAGCUGCGGAGGGCUUGUUUCUACGCACUUCAGCUGCAGGAGUUGUGCAAUACUGAGGCCUUUGACGCUCGCACCAAGUUGGAGUGCGAGGCUUACGUGGCCUGGAUGCAUGGAACCCUGCAUUUUGAGCUGCAGCUGUGGAAAUCUGCUGGCGAACACUUAAAGCGCGCCCAGGUUGUAUACGAGAAUUUGGCCAAGGCACUGCCCGAUGAUGAGCAGGAACUUUAUCGCGCCAAAGUCAAUGAAUUCACGCCCAAUCUACGCUACUGCGCCUACAACAUCAGCGGUGGUGCCAGUGGUGGUAAGAUUGAUGAGAUUUUAGAGCUGCGCGCUCAGGGAGUUCUCGAAAAUCUUGAUGUUCUGGUCAGUCAAACGAAAACGGAAAGCAGCGAGGGCCUGCAGACGAUCGACUGGCGCGGUCGCAAGGUUACUGUGCGUCCGGAGAAGGUUCGUUUGUUCCUGCUCAGUGCUCAGGAGUUAGACAAAUCGCUGGCCAAGACCACAAAGCCGGAUGCUAAGAUAGAGUUAAUAGAACGCAUUCUGAUGGACUGCAAGGACGCCAUCCAGGCAGUCCGCGAUGAAAUCAAACAGGAUCCCAAGCUGCGAUCUCUAACCACCGGACAGACCGUAUCUGGCGUGCAAUAUCUACUGGCUUAUUUAAGUUACAUUCGCCACAGCCGAACGCUGCAGCGUAAUCUGUGCCUCGUGGAACAGGCCAAGCUUAACUUCGACGAUCCCAACCAGCAGUCUCAACAGAAUGUGGGAGACGGCAAGCGCGUGCGAUCCCAAGAUCUGGCCCGCCUUUACGAAAUUAUUCUGCAGAACGUUACGGAAAUGCAGCAGAUUGCCGGCUUAGAGGACGACGUCAAGUAUCAGAGUGAGGUGGAGAACCUGGCCGUCACCUUCAAGGCCUUCCGCUGCUACUAUAUUGCUCUCACACUGAUCGACAUGAAGAAGUGGAAAGAGGCUGUGGCGCUCUACGAACGUGCAUCCAACUAUGCCAAUGAGGCGCUGAAGGGCAAGACUAGUCCGGAGUUCCAGCUUCAGGACGAGCUCAAAAAGGUCGUGUCCGCUAUCGAGGGCUGCAAGUUCUCCGCACAUGCGUACAGUGUGCUGGAGGAUGACAAUAGUGAGGAAGCCGGAACUACCACCAAGUCACAGAAGACCACAAAACCUUUGUAUGAACGUUUGUCGUUGUACAAGGAGGACCAGUCUCUGCACACCAAGACACCCAAUGUGUUCAAACUGACCCCCGAAAUGGAACCCAUACCCUGCAAACCGCUAUUCUUUGACCUGGCCAUGAACUAUGUUGAGUUGCCCUCGCUGGAAGACAAACUGGAAUCGCCCGGCAAAAAAGGCCCUUCGAUUAGCGGUUUUGUCAAGGGAUUCCUUGGAUGGGGUGGCGGCGGCAACAAGUGAGAAAGAAACUAACCACCAUGAAGCACUUUUCCGGAAUUCCAAGCAACCAUGUUACACUUAUAAAGCCUUUAGAUCCAUGUCCAUGCGGUAUGUCCAUUCUUUAUAAGUUAUUUGUUUUGGCUUUUACCCCGCCAGAUUUGUUUUUUCUACGAAACUUUUGUAAGUUAAAAAUGUGAACAAUUAUUCGGUAAUAAAGGAACCUUCAAGAGAGAGCUAUAGUUCCUCAAGGGCAAA